AUGAAGCAGAAGAGGACUAUACUGCUCCAUAUUAUUUUGGAUACUACGAUGGCACAGGAGAAAAUUUUAGCCCUCACGGACCAAGUAGUGGUGUCUCUUAAUGCAAUUUCAGAUGCAAUUAAGGUGUUAAGAAAGGAAGGGGCGGAGAAGUUCAAUCCUAUAAUUAUCACUCAAGCUUUACCAGACAGUCUGCUGUCGGUGGAAUCUUCAUCUAUGGAUGUUGUUGUAUAUAUUGGUAACUCAUUUGAGCUUCCCAAUGAUCAAUUGCUUGUCAACAUCUCAAGAGUGUUGAAGCCCGGUGGAACUGUCCUUCAUUGGACUUCUCAAUCUGCUACUGGGAAAGUGACAGACUCUUCUCUCAAGGGCAAGUUCCUUCUGGCUGGUUUUCUGGAUGUACAAUCUGCUGAAAAUGGCCAGUCCUUUGGGAUUAUAGGCAAGAAACCUUCGUGGAAGAUUGGUUCAUCCUUCUCAAUUAAGAAAACCUCACAGUCUCUACCCAAAGUGCAGAUUGAUGAUGAUAUGGAUCUGAUUGAUGAAGAUAGUCUCCUAACUGAGGAGGAUUUGAAGAAACCCCAGCCACUACCUGGUGAUUGUGAAGUUGGAAGCACGAGGAAAGCCUGCAAAAAUUGCACUUGUGGGCGUGCUGAAGAAGAGGAGAAAGUGCAGAAGCUUGGAGUUACCAUGGAUCAGCUGGAUAAUCCUCAAUCUGCUUGUGGAAAUUGUGGUCUAGGUGAUGCUUUUCGGUGCAGUACAUGUCCUUACAAGGGUCUUCCAGCAUUUAAAUUAGGCGAGAAGGUGACUUUGUCUGGGAACUUCCUUGCAGCUGACAUUUGA